AUGUCUUUGUGUUUCAUAGAACCGGCUGCUAGCCUUCGCCACGAGCACGAGUAUGGAUCCGAUAUUGCUUUAUUGACUGAUGAAUCUGCUCCUCCAACCCAAACGACGUUCACACAAGCACCUACAAAUAAUCUAUCUCCUACCAUCACCUCUACUGCUGCACCUGCGCUACCACCUCUUAUCACCGUGGAUCAUAUGAAACCCAACUUCAAAAGCAUAUUUCGAAGGUCAACUACUGAUUCGCGAAAGCAGAGGCAUGAACAGGUCGAGGGACUUGGACCGCAUUCACCAAGAGAGGUUGUACGGGCAGGAACGUUCUCGAGUUUAUUGACACCAAGCAAGAAAGUUGGGCCUUCGCCGACCAUGUUCCAGAGCUUCAGGUCUGUAAUAUGCAGUUCCUGGAUCAACCUUUUGUUACUCUGCAUACCCGUUUCUUGGGCCCUCAAUUUUGCCUCAGAUAAUGAUACUCUGAUCUUUGUCUUCUCGUUUCUCGCAAUAAUCCCUCUAGCUAAGCUCCUAGCUUUUGCAACGGACGAACUAUCAAUGCGAGUGGGACAGACCUUGGCGGGCCUGCUAAACGCUACUCUUGGGAAUGCCGUGGAGCUUAUUGUUGCUAUUAUCGCGCUAACUCAGUGUAAAUUGCACAUCGUUCAAUCGUCUCUAAUUGGCUCUAUGCUCAGUAACCUUCUGCUUGUUCUGGGGAUGUGUUUCUUCGCUGGAGGCGUUCGGUUUUCGGAACAAGGGUUUGGAUUAGUUGCCUCCCAGCUCAACUCCUCCCUUCUCACCAUCGCUGUCAUCGCCAUUCUUCUUCCUGCCGCGUUUUAUUACAACGUCACAACCCAAACUGAUUCAGACGAAGGGCAGGAUCUGUUGAAGGUUUCACAUGGAGUUGCCAUAAUCUUAUUAUUCAUCUAUGCAGCCUACCUCGUAUUCCAACUCUACUCUCAUGCCUCCCUCUACAACGACAAAAACGACAUCAUUAAGUCUACAAAGUAUGCUCCGAGACCUAAAAAGACCAAAUCAAACAAGUCUUCCGUCGACCAUGCUCACUUAAAUGCCUCCGCGGAACGCUUGGAAAUGCACGUCAUGCCACCAUAUUCUUCCUUCGACCUCGCGCACGACCAACAUCCCGAUCUAGAGCAUGGACACGGAGAAGGCGAAGGUCCAAGUGCGACUCCGACGUCCUCAAAGCCCCUCAUAGGUCGUCUUACAACAAAGGCCUGGGAUACGGCUAGUACCACCGCCGCAACAUUUACCUCUGUAGCUUCAUCCGCGGCUUCUCUGGCUGGUGGGAGGCACAAGUCGAAGGAUGUAGAGAAGGGGUUGGCUCCGGCCACGUCUACCGCUGAAGGUGAAGUAGUUGUAGAGGUCGAGGAAGAGGAGGAAAAGCCACAGAUGAACCUCACGACGACGAUUGUGCUGUUAGCUGUUGUUACUGCUCUCGUCUCUGUGACAGCCGAAUGGCUCGUUGACUCCAUCGAUGGGCUUACAGAUACUGGCGCUAUAUCACAGGAAUUUGUUGGAAUCAUUUUGCUGCCUAUUGUAGGCAAUGCAGCGGAACAUGUCACCGCUGUUACAGUGUCUGUGAAAGACAAGCUGACGCUGAGUCUAGGUGUUGCCGUUGGGAGUACGUUGCAAAUUGCGCUAUUCGUUAUACCUUUCAUUGUAACGCUGGGCUGGAUGAUGGGCAAGCCGCUUACAUUGUUGUUCGAUCCUUACGAGUCGAUAACGCUGUUCCUUGCCGUCCUGACGGUUAACUAUUCCGUGCAAGAUGGCAAGUCGAACUGGCUGGAGGGUAUGAUCUUGAUGUGUCUAUAUAUAAUCCUUUGCGUAACGUUCUGGUACUAUCCUGGAUCCGACCCUUCGGGUUUGUUGAACAAUUGCACUUAG